CUUUCUCCCACCACCAAUCGCUCCAAAUCCUUCCAACUUUCAAGAGAGAUCCAUCUUGGAAAAAGAAAAAAACAAAAACCCUAAUGGCUUCCAAGGCUACAGCCUCACUUGCUUUCCUCCUCUCUCUCAAUCUCCUAUUCUUCACCUUUGUCUCAGCAUGUGAUAAUUGCUAUGUCCCUGCCCCACCCAAGCCCAAGCCAUGCCCUCCUACUAAACCAAACCCUCCAUCUAACUAUGGAAAGUGUCCUAAGGAUGCCCUUAAAAUCGGUGUCUGCGCCAAGCUUCUUGGCGGCCUCGUCGACCUCACCAUCGGCAAGCCCCCAGUGACCCCAUGCUGCACCUUGGUUCAUGGUCUUGCUGAUCUUGAAGCCGCUGUCUGCCUUUGCACUGCCAUUAAAGCUAGCGUUCUGGGGAACAAGAUUAAAAUCCCACUCCACCUUAGCUUGCUCCUUAACGUUUGCAACAAGAAUCUUCCCAAUGGAUUCCAAUGCUGAUUUUAAUUCAGUAUUUCCGUAUUUUUGAAUUCUUGAAUGUUUUGAUGUCUUGUGGUUCUAUGUUGUGUUAAUUUAAUUAUUACCAUUUAUUCUGGGUUGUAGAAUUGGUUUCAUUGGUUGUUUUUCUUUUAAAUAGUUCUUUGAUCAAUAAAGUUUUAAUCUUUUUCCAAAAAAUUGGUGGAUUCAA